AUGUAUCGAUUUGCUCUUCCACCUUCUGCCGCCUUCCUCCACUGUUGCUUCUGCCACCACCGGCCUCAUUCUAGGCUACGCUUGCGCUUUGGCUUUUGCAACAACACAACCCCCACGUUUAAUGGUAUUCUCUCAACUGUGUUUUGCUUGGAGUCUUACGCUCCCACGACCUCAGCCAACGUCCGACCUCCAUCAGAGGUGGUGAGCCCAUUAAUUGGUCCCCUCUUAAGGUCUGUCAUCUCCCGCUCAAGCGUCGUCAUUCUCAUGAUUUUGAUUUUGUGGAGCGGUCGACACAGUUUCAGUCCGCUUAUUGUCAAAUCUACCGGAUUAUUUGCCGGAAAUUCGUCGGUUCUUGCCGGCAUGACGUUUACACGAACACAAGACUUCAGAAUCAAACAACUCAUAGUCGCCUCAGAUUUGCAGCAGCUGAUCAAAGUAAUCAACAAGAAAAUCUUCACAAAAGAGCUCCACAGGAUUCUCCACGAUAUCCUGGUUUUAUCACUAGUGUUUGAGAAAAAUUCAGUUGUAUUUGUAUUCGCAAAACAAGCUCUAGUUGAACUGAAUGAAAACUAA